AUGACAACAGCCACAGCGCCGCGAUUGAACGGCAGUGUCAGGGCUUCAAGUAGCCAACGUCGCCCAGUCGCUCGUUUCCUACAAGAAGAAAUUCAGGACGGUCAUCUUCACCCUUACUCCAACGGUCACAGUAACGGCAACGGCCACAGUAACGGCGCGGACUCAGACUCCCAGCUCUCCGAUAGUGGCUCCACCACCUCCAGCACAGCAAACGGAACUAGAUCACGACGCCCAGCCAUGUCUCGCAAAGCUUCAUCCCCAAUGGCCCCAACCUUUAUGGUCUCUGCGCCAGGAAAAGUCAUUGUCUAUGGCGAGCACGCUGUUGUUCACGGCAAAGCUGCCAUGGCGGCCGCUAUCUCCCUCCGCUCCUACCUCCUCGUCACCACCCUCUCCAAAUCACAACGUACAAUUACUUUGAACUUCCGGGACUUGGGUUUGAAGCAUACAUGGGAUAUUGAUGCUCUUCCCUGGGACGUCUUCCACCGCGCCGAUAAGAAAAAGUUCUACUACAGUCUGGUCACCUCACUGGACGAUGAACUUGUGGCAGCAUUGGAGCCCCACCUGGAGGAUGUCUCCAUUGAUAUCCCCGAGGAGCAACGGAAACCCCAUGUUCGCUCUGCCUCUGCAUUCCUCUACCUCUUCUGCUCCUUGGGUUCCCCACAAAGCCCAGGUGCUAUCUACACCCUCCGCUCCACAAUCCCCACCGGUGCCGGGCUGGGCAGCAGUGCCAGUGUCUGUGUCUGUCUGAGCUCUGCUCUUCUCCUCCAGAUCCGAACCCUUGCCGGUCCUCACCCCGACCAGCCCCCUGAUGAGGCCGAGACUCAGAUCGAACGUAUUAACCGCUGGGCAUUUGUUGGCGAACUUUGCAUUCAUGGAAACCCCAGUGGGGUGGAUAACACGGUCUCCGCAGGCGGCAAGGCCGUAUUCUUCAAACGAACUGAUUACGAGAAACCUCCGACUGUCAUCUCCCUUCCAACCUUCCCCGAAUUGCCUCUCCUCAUUGUCGAUACCCAACAAACCCGUUCUACUGCCACCGAGGUAGCCAAGGUUCUGAGCCUGAAGAAGGCUCACCCUGUCGUGACCGAGUCUAUCCUCGACUCUAUCGACCAGGUCACCUGCUCUGCACGCCAAUUGAUCGAGACACCGGACUUCGAUGGCACCUCUGAUGAGACGAUGGCACACUUUGGAACUUUGAUCCGCUUGAACCACGGCCUGCUUGUAUCUUUAGGUGUCUCGCAUCCUCGUUUAGAGCGGAUUCGAGAACUUGUUGAUUACGCCGACGUUGGCUGGACCAAAUUGACCGGCGCGGGUGGUGGUGGCUGCGCCAUGACUCUUCUGCGUCCCGAUGCCAAGCCUGAGGACAUCCAGGAAUUGAAGCGGAAGCUUGCCAGCGAGGGUUUCAACAAAUACGAGACUACGCUUGGCGGCGAUGGCAUUGGUGUUCUCUACCCCGCUGUGCUGCGCAACGGCUCGGAUGAAGAGGGCGGCGAGGAGAUUGAUCAACAGAAAUUUGAGGAGGCAGAAGGUCACGUCGGUAUUGAGCGCCUCGUUGGAGUGGGAUUCCACGAGAAGCGCGAAGGCUGGAAGUUCUGGAAAAGAGCUGCUCCUUGA